UCUCAGAGGUUCUUUGAAAGACUGCCUGCAGAAGUAUUUGAUUUGAUUUUAGACCACCUGACUGUGUCUGAUGUUAGUGUAUUCAGUAUGGUAUCAAAGGCCAUCAGCAGCUAUAUAGUGAGCCAUGUAUCUACACUGUCCUGGAAGAACAGAAUGGUUUUGUGGAAGUUUCACCAAAGCAGCUCUACAAAAGAGGAGCUGUCAGCCUUCAGUCAUUACCGAUCUCUUGGUUUGCUGUUCAAGAGGUGCACCCUUUUAUUACCCACAAAAGACAGAUUGAAGUUCAUGAGUAGCAGGUUAGCACAGGUCCCUUGUUUUACCCUGGACCAGUGCAGAUCCACAUCUGGUUGCAUGGGCUUUGCUUGUUACGGAAUGUUCCUACAGACCUUAAUAGCUGGAUGGGAUGAACUGGAGUGCCACCGUGUGUUCAACUUUUUGUGUGAAAUCACAAACUUAACACGAAAGAUUGAGACAGUUGUCACAGGCAAACCAGGAUCCUCUCCCCGCCUGGAGAAGCAGAUCCGCAACUUCUGCAGAAAGGUGCUGCUGGACCCGCGGCAGAGCCGCCAGGACUCCCUCUUCUGGCUCACCUGCAUCCUCAAGCCCUGGCCCAUGGUGAACCAGGCCCGCCUGCUCUUCAUCCUCUACGGGCCUCUGCAGUCCAAUGGUGAACUUGGGUGGCAGGAUGUGUGUGUUGGAGUUGUAGCUCAGUGUAGCCUGUGGGACCUGGCCAAAGCAAUCAUCUUACUGUACAGCGACACAGAUGCCAAGGAUUGGACAGCAGACACUGUGCUCGGCAUUGUGGAUGAAAUGGCAGUGUUACCCCAGCCCUGGUACCUGGAGAACAUGGCGCGCCUGCUCAUCCUGUGUGGAAACAACAUCUGUUACAGCGUUCUUGCCAGCAAAGCCAUUAACGGAAGACUCUUUGACAUAUCUCAGCUCCUUGUUUUCAUUAUCCUGGUGUCGGAGAAGGACGGCUAUUGUAUGAGUUGGUCGGUGAAGAUGAUGCAACAGCUCUGCAAUGUGUUCCCCGGGGCGCCAGAGAAGUGGUCCUUCCUUCAGAGUAUGGAAAACAUGCUGUCAGAGGUCUCCAUGGAGAUGUACGAGCUCAUUAUGUCAGGGAAUCGCAAUGAGAACCAGGAGACAUUCCAGAACCUCUGCAGCCUUCUCAAUGCCUGUGCCCACUUCCACACGGAGAUCAUGUACAUGUUCCUUAAGCAGGGCUGAGACCCCCUCUGCCCCAUCUAUCUGUUAUGCCCGAGGCAAGUACAGUAGAGCAGGAUGAGAAGUGUUGUCAUGGCACAUUUCUGUUCUGUAGGAUACUCCUCGGUAUGUGCCACCAGACAAAGUGGAACCAUAAAAUUCACUGUAGCUCUGAGCUUAGGUGAAAAUGAAAGCAAAAUGAUUUUGCACAUAGUGUACCCAUCAAGACUUAUAUAUAUGCUGUGUUUGAAACAUUUGUAAGUAAAUAUUCGGAACAUAUUUAUUAUGUUCUGUAAUAUGUAUAUUUAUUACAUGAAAUGCGUCUAG